GCAAGCCUGCUGUUGGAAUUGCUGCUAAUCUCAUGGUGUCCACUACUCCAUAUAAAUCGAACCCUAUAUUUGGAUGUCAUGUUAAUAUGGAAAAUGAAUCAUUCUAUGAAAGAUUUAGAUGCUCGGUUAUAUUUAAAUUACGAUAUAUUCAAUACUUUAUUAAGGUUGUAAAUGAUCUAAAUACUCAAAGAGCAAAAGUAGGAGUUGAUUCACAUUGGAACUUUGGAGGUCGAAUAUCAAAUAUUUUAAUAUUACUAGAUAAUUUCUUUGGGUUUGAGAUACCGAGUGCUGAAUCUCCACUCCAUCAAGAAAUUGGUCCUAUUAUGUCUGACGUUUAUCCAAGUCUAACACCAGCUCUUGACUCAUUUAUUUCCACUCAUCCCCGAACAUUAUACUUUGCAAUUGGAACUGUUGUAGUCACAACACCUCAAAAUAUUGCCGUUAUUCUAAAAUCUUUUCUUGAACUGAUCGAUCAAGAUGUUAUUGAUGGUGUAAUAUGGUCUACUGUAAAAAUAGACGCCUCUGAAUUACUUUCAUUAAAUAAUUCUGGUAUUCCUAUUCAUGGUGGCGCGUCUAGCAGUCAUGAAUCAAUGUAUAAUGCAAAACCAAUGCUAGUACUCCCUAUAAUGGGUGAUCAAUAUGGAAACGCUGAAAAAUUAGAGGCGGCUGGUAUAGCUUUACGUCUUUCAAAGACUAGUUUAGAUGUUAAUGAUAUAGUAUUAAAGGUCAAGAGAUUAGCAGCAAUUCCAACAGCAGGCUUGCCUAAUUUCCAGGCAAGAUCAUAG